GCGCGCGUGGGGAGCGGCCGCGGGUGGAGGGCCGAGUGCGCGCGGAACCUCGGUCGCAACGAGCCGCCGUGGGUUCCGGGCGGCACCCCGCUGUCAGCGCGCGGGGCGUCCGCUGUGGCCCGGGCGUGUCUGCCUCGGCUCCCCGCUGACUCGCUUGGCCCCGGGUGGCCGAGCCGGCUGCCCGCGGGCUGUGCCUGGAGGUCUGCGGAAGCGAGUGCCGCGUGGGGCCGGGCGGGCCUGAAGAUGCUAAGUGCUUGUGGGCUCGGCGCGCUGGCUGCAUGGAGCGGCCGCGGUGCGCCUGUCUCGGGUCCUGGAGUCCCCCGCCUAGGGCUAUGAUGCCGCCUCGCCGGCAGGGAGAAUGUGUGUGUGUCCCGGGCCCAGACGAAUUGGAAUCCCGGUCAGAACAUCCAGUCUACCACUGUUCUCUGAUGCCAUGCCAGCACCAACUCAACUGUUUUUUCCUCUCGUCCGUAACUGUGAACUGAGCAGAAUCUAUGGCACUGCAUGUUACUGCCACCACAAACAUCUCUGCUGUUCACCACCGUACAUUCCUCAGAAUCGUCUGAGAUACACACCCCAUCCAGCAUAUGCUACCUUUUGUAGGCCAAGGGAGAACUGGUGGCAGUAUACUCAAGGAAGGAGAUAUGCUUCUACGCCUCAGAAAUUUUACCUCACACCUCCACAAGUCAACAGCAUCCUUAAAGCUAAUGAAUACAGCUUCAAAGUACCAGAAUUUGAUGGCAAAAAUGUCAGUUCCAUUCUUGGAUUUGACAGCAAUCAGCUGCCUGCAAAUGCACCCAUAGAAGACCGGAGAAGUGCGGCAACCUGCUUGCAGACCAGAGGGAUGCUUUUGGGCGUUUUUGAUGGUCAUGCAGGCUGUGCUUGCUCCCAGGCAGUCAGUGAAAGACUCUUCUAUUAUAUUGCUGUUUCCUUGUUACCCCAUGAGACUUUGCUAGAGAUUGAAAAUGCAGUGGAGAGUGGUCGGGCACUGCUACCUAUCCUUCAGUGGCACAAGCACCCCAAUGAUUACUUCAGUAAGGAGGCAUCCAAAUUGUAUUUCAACAGCUUGAGGACUUACUGGCAAGAGCUUAUAGACCUCAAUACUGGAGAAUCAGCUGAUAUUGAUGUUAAGGAGGCUUUAAUUAAUGCUUUCAAGAGACUUGAUAAUGACAUUUCAUUGGAGGCUCAAGUCGGUGAUCCUAAUUCUUUUCUCAAUUACCUGGUGCUUCGGGUAGCAUUUUCUGGGGCUACUGCUUGUGUGGCCCAUGUAGAUGGUGUUGACCUCCAUGUGGCUAACACUGGCGAUAGUAGAGCCAUGCUAGGUGUGCAAGAAGAAGAUGGCUCCUGGUCAGCAGUCACGCUCUCUAAUGACCACAAUGCUCAGAAUGAAAGAGAACUAGAACGUCUGAAACUGGAACACCCAAAAAAUGAGGCCAAGAGCGUGGUAAAGCAGGAUCGGCUGCUUGGCUUGCUGAUGCCCUUUAGGGCUUUUGGGGAUGUAAAGUUCAAAUGGAGCAUUGACCUUCAAAAGAGAGUGAUAGAGUCUGGCCCAGACCAGUUGAAUGACAAUGAAUACACCAAGUUUAUCCCUCCUAACUAUCAUACGCCUCCUUAUCUCACCGCUGAGCCAGAGGUAACUUAUCACCGAUUAAGGCCACAGGAUAAAUUCCUAGUGUUAGCAACUGAUGGAUUGUGGGAGACUAUGCAUAGACAGGAUGUGGUUAGAAUUGUGGGUGAGUACUUAACUGGUAUGCAUCACCAACAGCCAAUAGCUGUUGGUGGGUACAAGGUGACUCUGGGACAGAUGCAUGGCCUUUUAACAGAAAGGAGAGCAAAGAUGUCAUCAGUCUUUGAGGAUCAGAAUGCAGCAACCCAUCUCAUUCGCCAUGCUGUAGGCAAUAAUGAAUUUGGAGCUGUUGAUCAUGAACGACUCUCUAAAAUGCUUAGCCUUCCUGAAGAGCUUGCUCGGAUGUAUAGAGAUGACAUUACAAUCAUUGUAGUUCAGUUCAAUUCUCAUGUUGUAGGAGCAUAUCAAAACCAGGAACAGUAAGUGAUACUAUCCUGGCAGUUCUUCAGUUUGAAGGGCAGAUCAAUGUUCGAAAGAAACUAAUACAGUAAAUAUCCCAGUGGGUCAUUCUAAACACAUCAUGUUUGGUACUCUAGCUAGCCCAGUCUUCAUAUCGACUGCAUCAGAUGAUAGCAUCAUGAGUAUCUGUUCUGUCCUGUUGGACCUCAGGGUACCUGCACUUGAGGCAGCUUGUUUCCUUACCCAGGUGUCUUUUAACAAUGACUCACCAACUAAGAAUAUGGAUAGGUAGAUACGAUCUUGAAUAGGUCAAAAGCAAGGAACUUCUGGGAGUAUUAGUAAAGGUAGAAAACAUCACCACGCCCACCUGCAGACUCCUUCCAUCAUAAGACUCCUAAUGUACAUGAGAAUAGUUAUUUACUGCAUUUUUCAGAUAAACAGUUCAGGUAUUCACAUACAUUUAUGUUAGCCUAAAGUGCAGGUCCAGUAUUUUCAGCCAUUUAUGACCAUGAACAAAGAAAUCUGGAUUUGUAAGUUUUUGUGAUUGUGUGAUAAAGUAUGCUUCCUAAACGGAAAGAAUUCUAAACCGUUCUUCCUUCCUCACCCAUGAUUUCCUCAGUGUAACCGAAAUAUUUUGUUUUGCUACACCUAAAAGACAAUAAAGGUUCUUAGUUUAAAUCUAUCUUUCUAGUGAAUGUUAAAUAAAGGGAAAAUGUGUUUUUCUGGUUUGUAUUCAUGAAAAGCUUUAUUUAGUUUGAAAUAAAGAUAUAUGCAGAAUGAAAA